GGCCCCCAGCCUUCUUCCCUGGCGGGGCGGGGCAACUCCUCCUUGGAAGCCCCGCCUCCGCCGCGCGGCCAUAAAGCGCGGCCCCGGGCCCUCGGCGCGCGGCACCGACGGCCUCCUCUAGGCAGUGCAGCCCGCGGACUCUGAGCUUCAAGAUGGUUCUUGCUAAGAGCUGGAUCCUAAAGAAGCACUUUGAAGGUUACCCUAUUAAAAGUAACUUUGAGUUGAAGACAAUUGAACUCCCACCCUUAAAAAAUGGAGAGGUCCUGCUGGAAGCUUUGUUCCUCACUGUGGAUCCUUACAUGAGAGUGGUGGCCAAAAGACUGAAGGAAGGUGAUAUGAUGAUGGGGCAGCAGGUGGCCAGAGUUGUGGAAAGUAAAAACUCAGCCUUACCAACAGGCACGAUCGUAGUGGCUUCUUCAGGCUGGACAACGCACUCCAUUUCUGAUGGGAAAGAACUGGAAAAGCUGCCUACAGAGUGGCCAGACACAUUACCAGUGUCUUUGGCUCUGGGAACAAUUGGCAUGCCAGGCCUAACGGCCUACUUUGGCCUACUCAACAUCUGUGCUGUGAAGGGUGGAGAAACACUGAUGGUUAAUGCUGCAGCAGGAGCUGUGGGCUCUGUUGUGGGGCAGAUUGCUAAGCUCAAGGGCUGCAAAGUUGUUGGAGCUGCGGGGUCUGACAAAAAGGUUGCCUAUCUUAAGAAGCUAGGAUUUGAUGUUGCCUUUAACUACAAAACAACGGAGUCUUUGGAAGGAACUUUGAAGAAAGCCUCUCCUGAUGGUUAUGAUUGUUAUUUUGAUAAUGUGGGUGGAGAGUUUUCAAACACCGUUAUCCCCCAGAUGAAGAAAUUCGGAAGAAUUGCUUUGUGUGGGGCCAUCUCGGUAUAUAACAGAACUGGCCCACCUCCCCCAGGCCCACCCCCAGAGAUUGUAAUCUAUCAGGAACUCCGCAUGGAAGGGUUCAUCGUCUACCGCUGGCAAGGAGAAGAACGCCAGAAGGCUCUCAAAGACUUGAUGAAAUGGGUCUUAGAGGGUAAGAUCCAGUACCAUGAACACAUCACUGAAGGAUUUGAAAACAUGCCAGCUGCAUUUAUGGGAAUGCUGAAAGGAGAUAAUUUGGGGAAAGCAAUAGUGAAAGUGUGAAAAAAAUGACACAUGGAAUCUAGAAAUCAUUUGAUUGAUUACCUACUUUCUUUUUAUCCAUUUAGUAAAACUGUAUACUGUUUUCAUUUUCUAAGAAAAAGUAAUUGAAAUUAGUUUGAUCUACCUAUUAAAAUACAUUUAAGUGGUAUGUAAUUAGCAACAGAGAAUGAAAUUUUCCUAAAGAACAGCCAGUCACCUCAAUGUCUACUACAGCUCCUUCUGGGUUAUGGUAGAAAAUAACAGCUUUAGAGUCCAGAAGUUUACUGCCUCUGUGAACUUGGAUCUCUGCUUUGUCAUCUAUUAAGUGAGGAUAGUAGCAUCUGCUUCAUACACAUAUUAUAUAUUUUUUAAAACACCAGCAUAACUAUAAUUUGCAAUUACAAUAUAGGUAGAUCAUGGGGAAGGCAGUACAACGUGAAGACAACUAGUGACUCUAUAGCAUCUUACUAUGCUGACAGUGACCGCAAUAGUGGGGGUGAGGACUUGAUAAAAUGGGUGAAUGUUGAAACCACUGUGUUGUUUAUGUGAAACUAUCAUAACUGUAUAUCAGUGAUACUUUAAUAAAAAAAUAAAAAUUAAAAAAGGACACAAAACAAACAACAACAACAAAAAUAAAACAAAGCACACCAGUGUAAUGCCUGGCAUAAGGCAUUCAGUGUUGGCUCCCUCCCUGUAGAAACCAGUGAAUUUGAAGUCCUAAGAUUACCACGCCUUCUGCUUAUGAUUACACAAAAAGAAAUAACCAUUACUAAUGUAGAUGGGUCUUGAGACAGCCCACACCGGUCCUCUGCAGGUGAGUCUAGUAACACAACAGACCAAGGAAGGAAUCUAUCAUUCACAACAGCUACAAAAAGAGAGCACAUGGUUAUAAGCCUACAAAAAUACGUGAGGUUUAUAGGAAGAAAGUUUCAAAACAUUACUGAGACUUGAAUAUGUGGAAAGGUACCAGACUCUUGGACAGGAAGAUUCAGAAUCAAAUCAUAAAGAUGUCAGUUCUGUUGAUCAAUUCCAUUGCCAAGUAGAGGAGGGGUUAAUUGUAGUACAGUGACAAAAUGGGAGAAUAAAAAAGCAUGUGUGUAAAACCUCUGGAAAGAUAAUAAGAAAACUACUGACUACAAAGAUGUGUCUCAGGGAAGAGAACAGCACUGCCCAAAAGAGGGACGAGAAAAACGUCACACUGUAUACUUUUGUACUUUUUGAAUUCCGAAUCUUUCAAACUAUUCACUGUUACAAAUACAUUAAAAAAAUAAAAGUCCCUGCCUUUCUGGGUCCCCUGCCCCUAUGGGGGGAAAUAAAACGGGUGAAAUUAAACUCAGGGAAAGUGUAUGGGCGCCCCCUGGUGUUUUUUACUCAAACUUGUCCCUACUGAGCCUCCAGCAAUUUGGAGGUAACAGUUGAAGUGUUCCUACUGGAGUAGUGUUUCCCAGAGGUUUCUAGUCUUGGGCUUCUACUCCAGUGACCUGGGAGUCUGUAUCUGCCUGCCUGACCCUCCAGCUUUGGGGACAGUGGUUUGUGACCUCAGUUCUCUGCUGGAUCUAAAAAGAGUUGAUAUUUCAGUUUGUUCAACUUAUUUCUUGUCGUCAGGACAGUGACACCUUCCAAACACAACAUAUUUAGGACCAGAAAACAGAAGUCAAGAGCAUAUAUUUUAAAUUUUGAUAUUUUUUUCUUGAGUGUUGGUGCUUUUAAUUACCUAACAAAUCUUAGCCUAGCCAUGAAAUUUUUCUCCCAUAUUUUAUUUAUU